CAGCACACGCUAACGCCUGAGCACUCAUUCAUCAUGGGCUCUGAGCUCACCAAGCUAGCCGUUGUCUUUACGCGCUAAACGGGGACGUGGAAUAACUAACGAGUGCAACGUAACGACACACUAAAAUCCGUUACAGUAUCUGUUUAGGAGUGUCAUAAACCAGUGAAUAUUUCUGAGUUGAACGACACUUUCCUGCGUGGUGAACUGGGAACUAACGUGUCGUGUUAUGGGAGAGACACGGAGGUCAGACGAACGGUGGGCUGUCAACGGUAAUGUCCGAGUAAAACGAGCCUGCGGCCGCUUUGACAGCUGUCUCUUCAUAUUGUAGCACUCGAUCAACUCAAAUUGAGUCAUGCCUGGGAAACUAAAGGCCAAAAUUGUGGCAGGGCGCCAUUUGCCUGUGAUGGACAGAGCCAGUGACCUGACUGAUGCUUUUGUAGAGGUCAAGUUUGGAAACACAACCUUCAAAACAGAUGUCUGUCACAAAUCUCUCAAUCCUCAGUGGAACUCAGAAUGGUUCAAAUUUGAGGUUGAUGAUGAGGACUUGCAGGAUGAGCCGUUGCAGAUCACAGUAUUGGACCAUGACACGUACAGUGCUAAUGAUGCCAUAGGGAAAGUUUACAUUGACAUUGACCCACUUCUCUGCACUGAGGCUGCUUCUGUCAUCUCUGGCUGGUUUCCCAUCUAUGAUACCAUCCAUGGUAUCCGAGGGGAGAUCAAUGUCCUCGUCAAAGUGGAGCUCUUCAAUGAUUUGAACCGCUUUAGACAGUCAUCGUGUGGGGUCAAGUUUUUCUGCACCACAUCCAUUCCACGGUGCUACCGAGCAGCAAUGGUACAUGGGUUUGUGGAGGAGCUCGUGGUUAAUGAAGAUCCAGAGUACCAGUGGAUAGAUCGCAUUAGAACUCCCCGAGCCUCCAAUGAGGCUCGUCAGAGGCUCAUUUCUCUCAUGUCUGGAGAGCUACAGAGGAAAAUAGGGCUUAAGGUACUGGAGAUGGGUGGGAAUGCAGUGGUGGGCUACUUGCAGUGUUUCGACCUGGAGGGGGAGUCGGGCCUGGUGGUGCGGGCCAUAGGUACCGCCUGCACACUGGACAAAGUCAGCUCUGGAAGCGCUCCCAACACCAACACACAUGUGCACCCUAACACAGCCCCUGCUUCCAAUGCCUGCAAUUCCCCUUCUAAAGACGGAAAGGAGCCGGUUUUUGGUGAGGAUCUGCCCUCGUCCUCCGGCCCGCCUACCCCUUUCAGAGCCCUCCCCACCUCCUCCUCCUCUCCUCCCCCCUUCUCUCCCUCCAAGCCAUGCAGCCGCCAGUCCUCAUCAUCAGACACAGACCUCAGUUUGACGCCCAAGACGGUGGAGCCCAAGCCAGUGAGAUGCAGGCCUGGGAUCUUCCUCUGCCCCAGCUCCCCCACCCUCUCCACAGACACUCUGUCCCUCCCUGGUUCUGGCUCAGUGGGCUGUGGUCAUGGUUUGAGCUCUGCCCCCAGAGCGACAACCCCGCCCCCUCCCUCCUCCAUCCACUCAGACUGUGCCUUGCUGAGAAAGAGCGUGUCCUUCACUGAGGACCUGCUGCUGGCAGCCUCCGGAAUGGGCAGUGGGGGCAGCGCUGGGAAGGAGGCAGGGCCGCUGAAGACCCUGCUCAGACAGCACACACAGACAGCUCUCGAGCAGAGGGGAGCGUCUUCCUCUGGGUUAUUGUUAAACGCCAGGGAGUUCCCGUUCUUCACCUUGACCUCUUUCCCACCUGGUUUUCUGGUUCAUGUCGGUGGAGUGGUCAGCGCUCGUUCUGUUAAAUUACUGGACCGUAUACACAACCCUGCCUUGGGUAACACGCGCUCAUACAAACUGCUAGACUGGAAUAGUGUCACUGCAGAUGAGCCAGAAACUCGUGAUGCCUGGUGGGAGGAGAUUCGUCAGGAGAUCAAAUCUCAUGCCAAAGCGCUUGGUUGCCAUGCUGUUGUAGGGUACAGUGAGAGCACAAGCAUCUGUGAAGAAGUGUGUAUUCUGUCAGCAUCAGGCACAGCAGCCAUCCUGAAUCCUCGGUACAUGCGCGAAGGCUGCCUAGACAUCGGAAGCACAGACCACAGGUUUGAGGACCCGUCUCCACCAAGCUGUGGCUUCUGUCACAUACCAUAUGAUGAGCUCAACAUGCCAUUUCCUGCCCAGCUCACCUACUGUUACCACUGCAGAAGGCAAAAGGUUCCUGAUGUGCUAUUCACAACAAUUGACUUGCCAUCAGAAGCAGCUGUCACAGGGAAGGGUUGCCUCAUCCAGGCCAGACUGUGUCGCCUAAAGAAGAAGGCCCAGGGAGAAGUGAAUGCGACGGCCAUCUCCAACCUGCUACCUUUCAUGGAAUACGAGCUGCACACGCAGCUGAUGAAUAAACUGAAGCUGCGGAAUAUGAAUGCUCUGUUUGGCCUGCACAUACAGAUCAGCGUUGGCGAGAACAUGCUCCUGGGUCUAGCUUCUGCUACAGGAGUGUACCUGACAGCGCUACCUGCACCAGGAGGUAUCCAGAUUGCGGGCAAGACUCCGGGUGACCUGAGCAAUGAACACCAUAUAUUGACCAUCCAGAAAAGGAUUAAUGACACCAUAGCCAAGAACAAGGAGCUCUAUCAAAUAAACCCUCCGAAAUUAUUUGCCCUGGACCCUGAGGUGUUCUGCGGCAUAAACAUGGAGCUGACAGAGGAAGGGUUGGGUUCCCCGAUCCCUGAGCCGAGGCAACGAUCCAGACUCUUUCGCUCGCACUCAGAAAGUUCUGAUGAACUGUCAGAAUUGGAUCUGUCCCAUGGCAAAAAGGAUGCAUUCGUCCUGGAGAUUGAUGACACUGAUGCUGUAGAGGACAUCCACUCUCUCCUUACUGACGCACCUCCCCCUACAGGUUUCUACAGCUGCAACACCGAAAUCAUGCCUGGGAUUUAUAACUGGACUUCAGGAAUACAGAUGUUUACAUCGGUGAGGGUCUUCAGGUUGAGCAAUGCCAAUCUCACUAACCAGGGCUUAAACAAGAUCUUCACUGACCUAUGUGAGAAUCUGCUGAAGAGUUUUUACUUCAAGUUGCGCUCUAUGAUCCCCUGCUGUCUUUGUCAUCUCAACUUCACUGUAGCAGUGCCAGAAGAAGAACUCAUACAAGUCGCAGUGACAGCGGUUGCCAUGACGUUUGACAAGGACCAGGCUCAGGAGAAGCCAGCUGAGAAGCCCAUCAACAAAGGUUCCAGUGAGAAUGAGGAGCAGCUGCAGUUUCCCCUUGAGUUAUGUGCAGACGUGUCAUCUGCCAACACUCAGCCGUCUUCCAAAGUCUCAGGUACAGUGUCUUUAUUGACUCCAGCUGCAAAGCUCUGCCAAAAUCAGCUGGUUAUGAUUCAUUUACCAGGUGUCCCAGAGAGUACCAACGUCUCAUCCAGAGCUGCCUCCGUUGAUUACGGUUCCUUUGCAGACAGAUGCAGCACCUGGCUAGAGCUGCUUAGGCUGAAAGCUCACACCAUAAGACGAGGAUCAGUUAAGACAAGUAGGAGGACACAGUCUCUAGCACACUCUGUCUCAUCUUUGGAGCGCUGCAGUCCGCUGCCUGAAGGCCGUUCCCGCUCGCUGCGCUCCAGUCGAUCGUUCGGGGGCAGUUCAGUAACCGUGGUGAAGAUGACGCCGCUCUCCUUCCUCCCUGGGAUACGCAUCAUUAAAUACCUUGGGAUCAUCAACAUGUUCUUCAUCAGAGAGACGACAUCAUUGCGGGAGGAAGGCGGUGUUAGUGGCUUCCUCCAUUCAUUCAUAGCAGAGGUGUUUGCGAUGGUGCGAGCCCAUGUAGCAGCCCUGGGUGGCAAUGCAGUAGUGUCCUACAGCAUGAAAGAGUGUGUGUUAAUGGAGAAUCCAAACAAGAACCAGGCUCAGUGUCUCAUUAAUGUGAGCGGUGAUGCAGUCAUUUGCGUCAGAGAAACUGACCAGGAGCCCACAGCCUCGAUGACAAACAUCGGACAGACCUGUUGUAGCGCAAACGACGGGGCAACAUGACAGUGAAACACAGACUCUCAUUCUGUCUGCAGUCUGAGUGAACGUUCUCCGAGUCUAGCCGUCCAAAUCUGAAAGAUUUAAGUUUGCCUUAAAACCCUGUAAAAGAUCCAAAGAUUUGGACGCAGGUAAGAACAAUUACUCGCACUCAAAAACAUGCAAUCUGUAUUCAUAUAGGUGUGCAGGAUGUUUCUCUUGAUGUUUUUCUGUGUUUGAAGAACAUUUCUGCAUGAGAUACUCAUGUUGCUCUUUGAGAUUGAGGUGAUCUGAGAGUAUUUCAGCCAAAGGACCCUUUUGCAUCUAACUUUUCCUCUGUAUUACAACCGUCCAUCGUGGGGUUACCCACAGCUACAAUAUAUUUGCCAUCCCUAUGUGUAUGGGCACGAUUGACCCUUGAGGCAGCUAUGACCAAUUUGUCCAUCCACAAACCACAGAUAUUAUUGAACAGCUAUGUUAAAAGGGACAUGCUUGUAUACAACUGAAUGAUUUAAAUGCCAUCAAAUUACUGCAGAUUAACGGCUCAUCGCUUCAGAAAUGAGUGACCAGAUUCUGUUUUAGCCAAGGCAGGUAUGUAAAUGUUAAGACUGGUGCUCUUCCUCAAAACAGAAAAGUCAGAUUUCAAUCAAAUUUUGAGGCUAGAUUCGAAACAGUUCAAGCAAAUUUUGGAUCUUUUUUAAAUAUAUAUAUAUAAUUACCAGAUAGUCAAUUUGUGUCCCUAGUUUUUUUUUCUGUCUAAAUUUCAUAUUAAAUUUGUUAAGGUAUAAUCUUCCUUAUUACUGUCAGUAUUGCUCACAGAGAGUAGUCUGCUGAAAAUCCAAAUUGUUAAGUGUCAAAUAUUGGCGUCACAGAUCAGUCUUGUUUUUAUUUCUGAGAGUGACUAAAGUUACAUGAAUCUAUAAAAAACUGGCCAAGAAUACAGCUGUAAUAUGCAGAUAUUUUUGUAGCGAGAGAACGUUCUCUUUAGAACAGCUAUGACCUUCGAUUCCAAUGACUGUUUUAUAAAUAAAAACUCAUAGAUUUUCAUUGCUUUAUCUUAUAAUGACAAAAUCAAGUGGCACAAUGUGUUUGUUUUUUAUCUAAAAAUCUGGAGUGAGUGUGUAAAUGGUGAUGGGUAUAAUGUCAAAUGAAUAUAAAUGAAACAUAUUUCAUCUAAAGUGGGUCUUUGAGGUGUAGCAUUGGGGACGCAGUAUUAUGUAGGAAUGACUGACAGCGUUUUGACUUGAUUAAACCUUGAGCUCUGCAUAUUGAAGCAACUCUUGCUUCACUUGCAGCUCUAGCAUUGCAAUUUCUUCUUGACAAAUCUCACCAUCCGUGUCAAAUUUCACUUUUGCCAUGGGCUUCGUUGCCGUUGCUUUUGGCAUUCAUGUCUAUGCUGAGAGUUUUCCUGCUGAUCUGUCCACCUCUGACAUUCAAGUCCAGUGCUGGGAAAAAAGCAUCCUCAUGUUUGUGCCACCUGAAAAUAAACUGUGUAAAUGUUCUCUAAAAACAGAUUUUGGUAUUUUUGUAAUGUAAAAUUUAUGAAUCCAACUGCUCACGUUGCCUGUGCAAUGAAUUCAUGAUGUUUUGAGUCACUGUGUCAGAGAAUUAGUGGUACUCUAAUAUGUGUGAUCAGCGGUUUGUGAUCAGUUUCCUCCAUUUGUGUCUAAAACUUGAAUGUACAUACUUGGAUGCUUUGGCUUUUUGACUAGCAGCAUGCAGACCCACUUUUUAAUGCCAUGAAUCUGUAUGCUUGCCUGGUAAGUCUUGCACAUUAAACUCAAGUCAUACUGA